CGUGGCUGGUUCUUUUUCGGCCCUGUUACGACCGCGGGCAGACAGAAGCAAGUGGACCGGUUUGAAGCUAAGCUAAUUCAAUCACAUUACAGCGGGUUAAUUUAGAUUUUUUGCACUGGUUCCGUCAGCAGCACAGCCGCGUAUCUGUUUGCGAAAAAUCAAAUCUACGUGUGGAUAAUUUCUCCGUCGGGCUAAGAAGCGGAACUGUGCAUUUAUUUUGGUAAACCGCGUCGGUGCUGCUAGCUGAGUUGGCGGCGGUUAGGCGCCAGUAGUGUUUGACAACAGCGGUAUUCGGUCACGUUCCCGGUGUUGUUGUUUGUGGCUGCCGAGUCAACGAACUAAUUUCCGUUAGGCGCAAGGGGCAAAAAUAAGAAAGCUAUCGGUCGCUGUAUUAAAGUGAAGCAUGGCAGAAUUCCUCGAAGAUCCGUCGGUCCUCACGAAAGAUAAGCUGAAGAAUGAGCUCACAGCCAACAAUGUGCCACUUCCCAGCGGAGAGCAUAAAAAAGAAGUGUAUGUGCAGCUGUAUCUGAAGAACUUAACCGUGCUGAACAACAAGAAGAGCCCGCCUGCAGACACCUUCUCCAGCGAUGAAGAGUUACCUGCUCCCGUGGUGUCCAACAAGAGUCGGUCUGGAAGAAAAGCUACCAAAAAGACAGACAAGCCUCGCACAGAGGAAGUGGAGGUGACAGAUCUCAGUGAUGAAGAUUUAAAACAACAGCUGGCUAAACAUGGUGUGAACUCAGGACCCAUUGUUGCCUCCACCCGCAAGUUGUAUGAGAAGAAGCUGCAGAAGCUUUUGGACCAGCCUCCAGCUGAACCUGAAGCUCCUACAGAAGUCACAGCUCUCCCCAAGGUGGACAGUAACCAGAAUGGCAACACAAAUUCUGACCAGUACAGUGACAAGGAAGAUGAGGAGAUUGCUGCCCCUGAACCAGAGCCAGUUCCUGUGGUAGAGAAACCAGUGAGGAGCAGAGGGAAAGCUCCAGUUACUGUCAGAACCAGCAGCAGACGACAAACUAAGGUGGUGGAGGAAAUCGUUACUGAAGAAACCCCUAAGAAGGCCAGUGAGAGCGUUGUUGAAGAUAUCCUUGCCAAUGAAAUAAGCACACCAACAGGCAUGAGUGCAACCUGCAGGCGUCCGAUCCGAGGGGCGGCUGGUCGUCCAUUAAAACCAAGUGAAUACUGGCUGGAUGAGUCCCGUGUACAGCGCAGCCUCCACACUGAGACCCGUUCUUACUCAGAGUCUUUCUCCAGAGGGGCCGGCUCCGUCUCUUCAAGCAAAGCGCCAGCCCGACGAGGCUUCCUGUCCAUCUUGCUCAAGCUCCUGCUCCUUGUCGUGGUGGGCGGUUCUCUCUUCUACGCCUAUCAGAACCUGGAGGCUGAGCACAUCAACACCGUCAAAGGCCUCCUGGACAGCGCUGUCGUCCACGUUCAGGGCGCUGUGAACAACGCAGCCACCUACCUGGGCAUCGGCAGCGACGGUGCCGGUGCUACAGAGACCACCGAAAAGUAAAGACCCUCAGCAGUCUCUUGCCAUGCCCCCGCCACCUCCCUGCCGCCUACCACAGCACACCAUAACUCAAGCAGUAAACUUGGCUCACCUCUUCUCUUUACCCACAUGGAUGGACAAAGGUUACAGAUUUAAUUGGGACGAUGAACUUUUCUCUUCUCUGGACUCCAGCUUUCCUCCCAUCAGGGGAGGAAACAGUAGCUUCUGGACAACACUGUUUUGUGGCACUCAGAAGAGACUCAUUUUACUGUUGAUUUUAAUCUGUGAAUUGUUUGUGUCUUUGUGUGUAUUUAACCCUUGUAUGUAGAAACGAGUGCAGAAUGGAGAGGCCAGUUUAUCCAUGCAUGGUUGUAGUUUUUGAAGGUCAUACUGUAGUUUCUAACUCUGUGCCAGGUGUUUUUCUGAUGGUGAAGUGCCUGGACACUCUUAGCACGUAGUGCCCUCCCAUUUUCGAGCACAAAGCAGUGCUACUACUAAUACCAGAAUGUUACAUGUGUUUCUGUAUGAAUUUAAAAAAAAAUUGCUCUGUAGCUAUAGUUAGGUAGAGUGAUUCAUUAUUUCUAUGGUGCUCAGGUCGAUUCAGCUCAAAGUUUUUAAUGUGGUCUGUGCUGGGAGGAGACACAUGGUGUAAUCAGGUCACAUCACUGCAUGAGGAAAAUCCGCCCACGUUCAGGUUGAGGUAUAAAAACUUUUUUUCAGUGGCUGAUCACUGCUUGAAUCAUUGUAUACGGGGCUUUAUGAUUACGACUGAAAUGAAGAUUCUGGUCAUUCUGUAAUAUCAUGAUUUUUACUGUUAGUGGAUCAAGGAAGAAAAUUUACUCUUGUAUCUACAUCCUCAUCAAUUUGCAAAGUUCUCAGUGAUACAAGUUUAUAGUUUCCUCAAAGAAACUAAAACUGCAGUGUUCGAUGAUAGAAUAUUGAUUUUCCAGCCCUGUCAGUGUGCCCAUUUGAGUUUACACGCUUUGGGUUUUAGUGCUCUGUUGUGCUUUUUAUGUUCUGUUUUGAUUAGAUUUCUGAUCCUUCAGUCCUUUAUGCAGGAUUGGCUGUUGCAGUGCACCCACAUAGCCCGCCUCACUGACUGCAUGUGUCCAGACGUGGCAGAUCUGCAGAUCUGUCCCAAAAGUUAAUUUUUGGGACAGUUAAUCAAUUUAUUACCUAAAGAACUCUUUGACUACUUCUGCCUGAGCAAAUUACCACAAUUAAGACACUGUAUGUUACGCUGAAGGGGGUUGUUUAUCUGCCGGGAGGGAGGAUGCAUUCACUGGAGGUGAUGUCGGGGAUGGGAAGAUUUCUGGGGCACCUUUGUUUCUAUUUUGAUAUUUUUCUAAAACGGCGUGUUAAACUUUUUAUAGCACAUUUUAAGGUAACAUUUGAAAGCAAUAUGUGAAACAUGGAAGUGAUACUGUAUCUUAAUUUGAACCUUGCUGACUUAAUCCAAGUUGAUUUCAUCAUCAUCAGGCAGCUCUCCCACAAUGGACAGAAACGACAGGGGUUAUGUGGGUAAGGAUUUUUAAUCUGUUUAUUUAUGAUAAUGUAGGCAUUGUAUCAUAAAAUAAACGUGGCUGUUACCGGA